UCAUCUCACUGUUCGCGAGUUUUCAGGAAAGCAGGAUCAGCGCUCCGGUGUUACAGCAAAAGUCGAAGAGAAAUUGACGAAGGUGAAAACGGUGCAGGAGAGGGGGUUGCAACUUGCUCCGGCUCGGAAUUUUCAGUUUCAUAAAAUGCGGUUUUUUGCCCGACGCUGAUCAUUUGGUGUGUGCGGUCUCGAUCGGUGCUCAUUUUUUGCGCGCUCGCGUUCGAACUGUUCGCUCGCGGUCUGUUCAGUGCUUUUAGUUCGGGUUCGCGACUUUGCACGCUCGCUGCGAAUCGUUGGUGAACUGACAUUGUGAAAAUUGCCUUUGGAUUUUAAUCAUCAUCCUACUGUUUUUCUUAACGGAUAGCAGUUCAAUUCAAAAUCACAGCCAACAUGACGGAAAGACUUCAAACGACCAGCUUCAUUCGGACGAAGCUCCAGACCAUCGCAAGUGAAAUUAUCAGAGAUGAAGUUGUAGACAAAUGGUUUUUGAUGGACAACAUAUAUCCCGUCCUGGCUCUCGUCAUAGCUUACCUAGUUUUUGUACUCAAAGUAGGACCUAAAUUUAUGGAAAAUAGGAAACCUCUCAAUAUUAAAGGAAUAAUUUUAGCUUAUAAUUUCUUCCAAAUGAUAAACAAUGGAUGGAUCGUCUAUCUUUUAUUCACAACACCCGGUGCCAUAUCGCAUUUAGCUCAAAAUAAGUGUGCACCAAUGGAAAAAUCUAACCCUCUAUUUUAUGCCAUGUGUGCAGGUUCCUGGUAUUUCUUCAUGUCUAAAGUUUACGAUCUUUUAGACACGGUGUUCUUCGUUUUAAGGAAGAAACAAUCUCACGUGACAUUCUUACACGUCUACCACCACGCUAACAUGGUUCUUUCAUGUUGGGCAUACCUUAAGUACAUCAAAGGUGAACAAGGAGUCUUAAUAGGAGUACUCAACUCAUUCGUGCACGUCGUAAUGUACACUUACUACUUCCUGUCGGCCCUUGGCCCACAAGUCCAGAAGUACCUAUGGUGGAAGAAAUACAUCACUAAACUGCAACUGCUCCAGUUCGGUAUCGUAUGCAUGUACGCUCUCUUCUUCGUCGUCCGAAACUGCGUGCAGUCCCAGGUGCUCAUCUACUACGCCAUGUUCCAAGCCAUAACGUUCAGCAUACUCUUCGCCGACUUCUACAGGAAAGCUUACCUCAAGAAGAAGCAGUGAUCGCCCGCAGCCAAACACUUUUUCACAAAGCUAUCCUAGACUGUUCGACUUUUCGUUUUAUGAAAGGUCAGCUCCGCAGCCUAGUACUAUAAGGCUGACGGAAAACCACGGCACAUAAUCAAAAGGUGCAAGCAUCAGACGUUUCCAAUAUCAAACGUCGAACUUUUGUUCUCUGUGCUAGUCGUUGACCGCCGCUCUACCAGGAGUCGGUAAAUGGGGCUCGAACCCCGAUUUUCAGCUCAAGCUGGUGCUCGCACCUUUUUUUCGGAGAUGCCGCGAAACAAAGAAGUUCCAUCGGAUGGAACUUUUUCGGGGCUGAAUCAAGUUCGGCUUUCUUCCACAUGUUUUCACACAACUGUACCUGAAUUGACGGGAAGAUUACUUCUACCUCGACGUCGUUCCCUCAAAAGCAAGUGUUGCACGGAGGGACUCAAAACGCCUUUGUACAUUGCGUUGCAUGGCAAAAAGAGCUUUAUAAGGAGCCGACUUAACCGUAUGUUACAUUUAGUGAAGUUUUCUAAGGCACAUAAUUGUACUACUGAUCAAACUUAAACAUUUUGUCUGAGUUUACCGAGCUUAAAGUGACCCACAGAAAUACAAUCAUCACAUACUGUUUUAAUACUUCCAAAUCAAAUUUGUUACCACAUUCCAGCCAAUAUUUCCUGUUGGAGUCUCUACCCAGUGUUGUAAAUGACUAAGUUGGCAUCGACGAUUUUGAUUCAGCCCCAAAACGAGCAAUCCUGAGAAGGGCUUUAACUAAAAAUUUAGCGAUUAAACACUAGUUAGUGUAGUCCUGAGUCACAUGCCCUUUUAAUUUACAGGGUCUUGCUCAUACUCUGUAAUAAAAAGCCACAAAUUCGGAACAUUUUGGCGCUCAGUGCAAGAGGCAUUCAAAAAUUGUGUACGAAUGUUUUUUGUGCUUCGCAAUGUGGGGCUCAAUACUUACUAAAAUAACAUAUCUUGCAGCCUUCUCACUGCUCAACUUAACUCCUCACUGUGCCAACCCAAGCCGAUAUUAGUACCUGUUAUAUAAGUAUUAGUGGAUUCAGUUACCCUUAACGAUUAAGUGGGUGUGUCUAUAUUUUUCUCAUGCCUCUACAAAGAAGUUUAUGAAAUUGACUUUGGGCUAAUUCUGCGACUGGAGUUAUUUUAUCUCGUCGAAAAUACAUACACCGCUCCAGGGAACUUUUGAAAACCAACAUUUGUACCUGGAGUCCAGGAAAAAAAAGAAAUAAUCAGGAGAGCAAGUAAUAUCGAUCAAGGAAGUUAUUAGGUACUUAAUGCGAUUGUACAUCCACCAGACAAUUUUGAAAUAAUCGUGUUGUAGUUUACUCGCUAAAUUAUCAAAGUUCACUCAUAAUAUGACUUGCAGAGGCUGAAAGAGAAAAAUAGACUAAUAACCUUAAAAUAAAAAACACCGAAAACCAUGAAGUCAAAGCAUACUUUCUUCUUCUCGGUGGAAAAUAACUGUCGGUGUCGCGUGAAAUAUAACCUCUUAAACGUAUUUACGCAUGAUAAUUAUAAGCUUCUGAAUCCCAUUCAUUGUGAGAAAAUACUGCAUCACCACUUGGGUAACUCGCUUGUUUCUUCAAAAAAGACUGCUUAGAGCUUCUUAAUUGACUGAUUCUCAAUUCUCUCCUAGUUAAAUUUUGAGAAAUGAGGGACUGAAGGGACAUUUUCAGCCGUUAGAGAACUUCAUUAAAGACAGCCCGAUUUGUACAGUUUUUCCUCUUUUAUAAGUUUUAUGAAUUAAGGAACUCAUAUUAGAUUUUUAUUUUUACUUCUUGGGGUCAUUCAUAUUCAUUGUUUUUUUUCUUCUUCUUUUCUCUCAAUUUUUGAACCAUGCAGACUCCUUGUUUACCUAAAUUUUACUUGGAUUACCAGAACCUUUGUUUGUAAAAACACGGGCGUGAGUGUUGAGGUGUGAGUGAUCUUCUAAAUGACUGACAGAAUGAGUGUAUUUUUUGUGUUUAAUCCCGUGAGUAUUUAGGUAGCUAUUUAUUUUGUAGAUAUUAAUUUAUUUAUUUUCAGAUAAUUUUGCUAGGUGUACAGGCAUUUUGUAAGAGUUGAAAGUUUUCCCAUGAAAACUGUUGAACAAUAUCGCAAUAGUGAUUUUUGAUAAUUUAGAAAGAGUCUCGAAAAUUUCAACCGGCGGAUGAGCACUGUUCUUGCAUUUGUGAAAGUUCGUUCCAAACUGAAAUCUGCCGAAACUUUGUGGGAUACAGGGAGAAACUGCUAAAAUAUUUACUAAAAAAGGCUAACUAAAUGUGCGAGCUUUUGAAACGUUGAAAAAUGGAUGUAAAAGAAGUGAGCACAAAGUUGACUUGAUUUUUCAAGUGUCUACAUUCCCACAUCUUUAGCCAAAGUUUUUUGGAUUUUUCUUCUCGAUAAAUUUAUGGCAUCAGUUAUUUACCAAAAAAAAUUGAACACUACCAUUUGCUUUCUAUAAAUGUAGUUGUUAACGUCCUUAUAGAUGUUGCAAUAGUUGUUGAGGAGAGAACGGAAAGUGUUAAUGAAGUAUGUGUAUGGUGACUUGUUUAAUUGUUUCAUUUUAAUUUUUAUCCUUGAAUUCACUAGAAUUAAUUUUUCAAUAGAAUAAGAAUAGAAGCGUAUGUAAUAACAUAGGAGAAUGAUAUUUUUGUGAUUAUUGUCUUGCCGGUUUUGAAAAAAAUAAACGAAUGCCCUUCUAGUAA